AUGCGACAGUCGUUUUGGUGGCCUGGAUCUUCAAAGGAAAUGGAAGAGUUUGUUCGGACUUGCACCACCUGUCUACAAUAUCUGGUCCCUAGACACGAACCGCUUAUAAGUUCCACAUUGCCUGAGCGUCCUUGGCACACAAUAGCAAUGGACCUUUGCGUAUGCUAUGGUAAAACCUUUUUAGUAAUUAGCGAUUAUUUUUCCAGAUUUCCAGCGAUAGUUCAAUUGGAAAACCAGACAUCACGAUGCAUCAUCAAGCACUUAAAAUCAAUUUUUGCCAGGUUUGGCAUACCGGAAAUAGUCAGAACUGACAAUGGACCUCAGUUUGCCACGGUUCAAUCCUCAGAGUUUCGUCAAUUCGCUCAAUGCUGGGGAUUUAAGCACAUCACAUCCAGCCCUCAUUUUGCUCAAAGCAAUAGAUUCAUUGUGUCGGCAGUUAAAAUAGUCAAGAAUUUGUUGAAGAAAAACACUGAAGAUCCUCAAUUGGCUCUAUUGGAGUACCGUGCCACACCACUCGCUAACGGGUCAAGCCCAGCUGAACUUUUAAUGGGCCGAAAAAUUCGUUCAAUAAUGCCGAUGACAAAUGAUCGUUUUGAGCCAAAUAAGGUCGACAUGGACAAAAUCACAAAGAAUGAAGAACAAAGGAGGCAACAACAAGCAAACAAUUAA